AUGACAAGUAUUGAAUCAGUAUUGAUUACGGGCGCCAAUCGUGGCAUUGGUCUCGGAUUAGUGACCGCAUUGUUAAUUAAACCCAACGGUGGACCGAAGCAAGUGAUUGCUACUACACGACAGGCCACUAAUGCGGCGUUGGAUGAGCUCCGGGACCGACACUCAAACCUACAUGUCCUACAACUGGACGGUACGGACUAUAAGAGUUUUGAUGGCUUUGCCAAACAAGUGGCUAAUAUUGUGGGCGACAGGGGUUUGGAUACACUUAUUAAUAACGCCGGCAUUGCUAUUGCAUCAAAACUGGAUGCCGUGACCGCCGCUGAUAUGCUGACCAACUUUGAAGUUAAUUCAGUGGCGCCUCUAAUGCUUACCAAAGCCUUAUUGCCAGUACUUAAGAAAUCGGGAGCAACCAAGCGCAAAACAACUGUGGCCAACAUUUCAUCUCUGGGUGGUUGUAUCACAAACAUACACUUAGCCCAGGCCACACUAGGUAUGGUUUACCCUUAUUUUACGAGUAAAGCCGCGCUCGAUAUGAUCACAAAAUGCCUGUCCGUUGAUUUGGCCGCAUAUGGUAUUAAUACUGUGGCCGUACACCCGGGCCACGUGCAGACCGAUAUGGGCGGUUCCAACGGUGCUCUUACUGUAGAUACUAGUGCUGAAGGUAUACUAAACGUGAUAAGAAAGCUAACAGAUGAUGAUUCUGGAAAGCUAAUCGGCUAUGAUGGCACCGUACAUCCUUACUAA